AUGGCCGGUGUAAACGGAGACAAUGAGGUUCCUGAAGAAGAGACGACCACGCCUCCAACCCCAAAAGACCUUCGAGAUGCUACUACCUGGAAGAAGCAGCGGAGUGCCGUACGCACGCAAAUCACUAAGACAAUACGGUACCUCGGCAACCUGGUCAACGAAAGAGGUUCCAGAGGAUCCAUUUCCAGCAUGAUGAAACACCUUGAGAAUCUAUUGGCCACAGCAGCCAAGUUCCACACUAAUCUAUCGACGGUUGAAGAUCAGGCCGAAAAUGAUCGCCAGGACGAGUUCCAUCUGAAGUAUGUCGAACUGGCUGGAGACGCGCUGGAAAGAGGCCAGCAAUAUUUGAAUUCGCGAUUAGGCGAGCCCCCGUCCGUGAUUGCAGGCAAGAAGGCGCCGUCUAUUUCACCGUCCGAACAAAAUCGUCAAGAGGAAGAACGCCAGUUGGCCCAACAAAGAGCAGAUGCAGCCAUUCUACAAGCCGACGAAGCCCGUCGUCAAGCAAACGAAGCGGCCAACCGUGCGGAUCAAGCCCGACGGGAAGCCACUGCAGCCCAACAAGCCUUGCAAAACCUAGAGAAUGAUGACGAUGACACCAGUGCAGUCACGAACCUUUCUCAACACCUUUCUCAACUUGGUAAAGAUUGGAGACAAAACCAACGCCGGCUUAAUUCUUCGACUUCAUCAGCAGCUCCUGACGAGUGGAUCGACCGUUAUGCUGCCGGCCAGCUGAAGCCAAACGUGACAGCGAGUUCCCGUUCUUCAGUCAAGACAGAGUUAGAAAUUUAUUCCGGAAGGUCUCUCGACUGGUUUGAAUGGAUAGAUCUGUACAGAGCUCUUGUACACGAUUCCGGAAAAUCCGCUGGAGAAAAAUUGGCCAUCCUUAAACGUCAUCUGAAAGGCGAUUGUCUCGACCUAGUCCAAGGUCUCGGAGGUGGCGAGCCAGCCUACAUCGAAGCCUUGGUCCGUCUCAAACAGAGCUGUGGCAGACGGGAUGUUAUGCGAGCUGCUACUCUACAGGCCAUCGACAAAGUGGAACUGAAAAAUGAUCCGGCCAUCUUCAAGCGUUUUGCCGAGCGGAUUAGGACUCAUCUUUUCGAUCUCAGCCGCAUCGGAGAAUCCAACGCCCCAGAUUUGAUCGAGAAAAUUAGCAUGAGACUCCAACCACCAGACCGUCUUGAGUGGAACCGCGGACGACGAGGAGGAUUGGAAACCAGAAGUCUCAACGCCUUUGGCUCCUGGCUGUGUGAGAGAGCGGCAGAAUACCAAAACGCAUACAGCGUUGCAUCCGAGCAGAAUACUUCUUCCGUGCUCAAGCCACCUCGGUCUCAUGCUCGCAGCCACCCUGCUUCAUCCGCCAAGGCAACCGACAACCACUCAGCACCCAAGGUCACCUUCCGGCCAUUCUGUUUCAAGUGCGAAGGAGACCACAAAUUGGAAAAUUGUAGCCGGUUCAAGGCUUUAGUCGUUGCAGAUCGAGUUGCUUUCUGUGCCAAGCACAGGUUAUGUUUCGGAUGUCUUGGAGCGAAACAUUCCGUCCGGAAUUGUUUUACGAAGAAGCCGUGUAAGAUCGCUGGUUGCAGCCUGCAUCAUCAUGAACUGGUCCACGACCCUGACAGACCAGCCACUGGAUCCGCGCCGGAUGCACCGAGGACCGAAACGACAAGAACAGCGACGGCCCAUCUCCGAAAGCAGAGUCCAAAACAAGUCGCCAUGGGGAUGAUGCGGUUGAAAGUUUCCAGUGCUGAAAACGGCUCAGUGUGGGCGAACGUCUUCAUCGACGAAGGAAGCGACUCUACGCUCAUGCGGCAAAGUUUCGCCAGUGCCAACAGGAUUUCCGGUGUGCAUCAGAUUCUGACCGUGGAAGGCGCCGGCGGUGUAGUCAAACGCUACCGUUCUCAACGUGUUAAUUUCCAGAUAGACACGAUUUAUGGUGAGAAGUUGAAUCUUUCGUGCUCUACCCUGCCCAUUACCGUCGCGAGCACUACCCCAGUUACUGAUUGGGGAAAUUUGAAGAAACGUUGGUCGCAUCUGGCCGACCUUCCUGUUGGAGAGACGGGCGGCAGAGUGGAUAUCCUGAUCGGCAACGACUACUCGCACCUCAUCGUAGCUUUAGAAUCCAGAGUCGGAAAUGACUAUGAGCCGACCGCCAUCAGAAGCAGACUAGGCUGGAUCAUCCGUGGUGUCGUCAGCGAUGGUGCUUCCGUCACAGCCGUCCGGACUCAUACCGUCAAUAGUUCGACGCAGCUGGAAGAGAUUGCGUCAGAACUACGCCGUUUCUGCGACACAGAGAAUUUUGGAACGGAGUCGAAGACGAAAGGAAUGUCAGACGACGAUCGACAAGCCAUCGCGAUUUUAGAAGCUGGAACAAAGAAGCUGGACGUAGGCUACGAGGUUCCCAUCACCUGGAAGACGGGGGAGCCAGCUUUAGUUUGCAACAAGCAGAUGUCUCAACAACGAUUCGGCGGUCUACUUCGGCGUUUCAGCAGAGAGCCAGCGUUCGAGAAGGAUUAUCGUGCUGCCGUUAAGAAAACUAUCGACAAAGGAUAUGCUUCCGUGUUAUCUGAAGAGGAAGCAGAGUCCGCCAAAUACUUUCUCGCGCAUCACGGUGUUUACAAAGGCAUUAAGUUACGUGUCGUCUUUGAUGCUGCAGCCCCCUUUCAGGGAAAGUGUUUGAAUGACGCCAUACUCAGCGGUCCUGCUCUACAGCCCCCUCUUCCAUCCGUUUUAAUUCAAUUCCGUGAAGGAGCCAUAGCCUGGGCUUCAGAUGUUGAAGCGAUGUUUAGCCGUUUUAGGCUUAAUCUAUCCGAUGCAAAUUAUUUUUGCUUUUUGUGGCAAGUGUCUCCACCAAAGACGGUCGUUUGCCGGAUGGAUCGAUUGCCGUUUGGUGCUACAUGUUCUCCCUUUAUCGCCAUACAAACCACCCGCCGAGCAGUUGCUGAUGCCGAAGUAGGAGAAAAGGCGGUCGAAGCAGUCCAGAAGAGAAUGUAUGUAGACGAUUAUCUAGGGUCCGCAAAGAAUGCCGACGAAGGCGUUGCAGAAGCAUCAACCGUGAGAAAAGCUCUGGCCGGAGCCGACCUUCACUUUCAAGAUUGGAUUUCCAAUUCAGCAGAAUUCGUUGCAGCCAUGCAGGAAGAAAAGAAGCCGAUUCCAGAAAUCUCCAGUCUUUCCGCGGACAGUGAAAGCACGAAAGUGCUCGGUGCGGUGUGGAACACCACCUCAGACGCUCUAGGCUUCCGGAUAAAUCGUCCAGCGGAUGAAGAAUACACACGACUCAGUUUGACUAGCCACGUCGCCGGAAUAUUCGAUCCGCUUGGAUUAGCAGCUCCUAUCAUCAUCAAGGCCAAGGUCCGCCUUCGCGAUUUAGUCGUCAAAGGACUAAAAUGGUCCGACCCUGUAGAAGGAGCUGAUCGAACGUGGUGGGAGUCAUGGUUCCAGAUCGUCCAAGAAUUAGUCCAUGUGUCCAUCGAGCGCUGCUUAUUUCCCGAAGAGGAUGAUAUCGUCGAGUCUCAACUGCACACGUUCGGAGAUGCCUCGGAGGAGGCCUACGCUGCAGUAGUGUACAUCCGCAACCAGUACCGCUGCGAGUCGGACAACUUACACAAGAAUAUUGUAGUUAAGACGGGAACACAAACUGAAUUUCCAGAAUACUAG